AUGACUUCAUACAAGAAGAUAUUCGUGCUAAUGGUAAUAAUGGUACUGGUUGCGUCAAUUGUAGCUCUUGUUACAAACAAACACGGCACUCAAGUGAUGACUUCGAGCAAUAUCUCGAGACACGUUUUCCAAAAGUAUCUUCCAGUAAGCAGUAAAUAUUUACCAAAACCGAUAUCACCAUAUGAUCAACAUUCAAGUAUCCUGUCUCAUUUAUUGAACGGACACUGGAAAACAAGACCUUUGACUGAAAAGGAAGAUGAAGAUAUAUUGAAUUUCCUUUCGAACGUAAGUAUCCGCUUCAAAUUCCCUUCAAAUUAUCAAAGGAGUGACGGUCUCUGUGGAAACGUUACCCACACGGGAUCUAAAACUGCGGAGUGGAUAAGAGCCUUGUGUGAUCCUAAAGGAACAACUCCUUGCUGCUUCAACAGCAAGUGUGUUUUAAAGUCUGUGGAGGAAUGUGUGUGUGCGGAUUGUUAUGACAUGAGGAACCAGAAACAUGCUGAAUAUUCCACCUGGAUCCCAUCAGACCCAAGCCAUGGCUACAAGCAACACAGUCCCCAAGAAGCUUGCAGCAUCCUCAAUGGCAGCACCAUUCUGUUUGUGGGGGAUUCCCUUGUUCGCCAUGUGUAUACAGCUAUGUUGCUGAUUGUGACAGGGAAUAUGAAAGAUGGAGCCAUGAAUGAUAACGUACCAAAGAGUGUUCGAAACGAGUGUAGCGGAAUGUAUAUGUUCACGGAAACAUCGUGUCGACUCCAACUGAAGUAUAGCGUCCGUGCUUGCAAUGGCACUGUUCAUCUGGAACUGAAGUACUUCUUCGCUGCAUCAUUUGGAAGAAAUCUGAAAAAAUGGUUACAAAUUUAA